CUCUUUCUUUUGUUUUAAUUCCAUUUUUUCCUAUUUGGUGCAUGUCAAACUAUAACAACAACGAUACUCCUCUUUCAAAAAACAACAACAGCAAUGGAUGUUUAAAUCAGUAUUAUCGUUAUGUAGUUGGCAUGACUCCUCCAAAUCAGUCCCCUGUUGUAGAUAUCAACCAAUACCAAAAACUAUAUGUAGAUACUCUUGUCGAUAUAACCACAUUGACCAUACGCUCAUCUUGGCCUAUGGAAAAUAUAGCUGCUCAGUCAGUUGUCGAUACCCAUGCCUUUGUCAGACACUUAUUGAAAAGAUCAAGAGCUACCCGUUCAACUCUUCAACUAGCCAUCUUUUACCUUUUUCGUAUUCGUCCCCACAUUGACCGAUUCGCUCAACAUGAUUCCAUCAUCAAAUGUGGUAGACGUAUGUUUUUGGCUGCUUUGAUCUGUGCCCACAAGUAUUUGUAUGACAACACAUUCACCAAUGCCAGUUGGGCUAAAAUCAGUAGAUUACCCGCCAAAGAGAUCAGUCAAGCAGAAAGAGCUAUUCUUCAAAUGUUGGACUAUAGACUAUUUGUAUCUACCGAACUCUAUCAAAAAUUUGAAUCUCAAUUGAAAGAAGCUGUACCCAACACACCAACCAACACGACCACAUCCUGUAAACGACCUUGCUCCUUUGAACAAGAACCUUGCUUCAAAAAAGUUAAAUCUAACAAAACUCAAAUUGUACAUGGUAUUCCUACCCCUCAAGACGAUCAGGUUGAAUUGAUAUAAUACCCUCAUCUCCUUUUCUUCCUUCUCUGUCCUUCUUAAUUUGUAAUCACCUUUCAAUUGUAACAUAAACAUACAUGCCUCAUACAAUAAACAACACACACAAGCAUUUGUGCUUUUCUUCAUUACUACAGAGACUACGCAAAGGACUGCGCUAUCAUUUACAUGUGCCAAGAGAAUUCAUAAUUGUUGAAUUGGCAAUACUCAUGCAAAUUGCUCAGCAACUUGCUACCAUGACAAAGAUACAAUCUCUUUUUAACCUUAAAUGUUUGUCUUGAGGAGGAGAAGAAAACAGGGAAGGUAAUUAAGCCGAAACAUUGAACUCAGCUUUGUCAACAAUAAUACACAAACUACAAUCGGAUAUUCUGCGCAACUAAAAAAAAUUCCCAAUUUAAACUAUCUGAGUGCGCACAGAUAUAUUUCUACUGCGCAACAAAUGAAGAUAGAGCUGCGUUGCCACUUGGCAAUCCUUAUUUUAGCCGG